AUGGGCUCCAACAAGUUCUCUUUCAAGCCACUGACGCUUGCGCCCAUCAACUUCUCUCUGACCGAGGGCACUUCGAUACCUGCGCCGCUCGACAGCCCGCCCGACUCACCCCGUCCUCCCACGCCCGGCAAAGGUCCGCUGUCGUCGCACCCCACCCCAAAGUCACCCGGCUCGCCGCCGCAAACAGAGUCGCCGCCCCCAGGCAAAGCGUCCGAGGACUCGACGGCCAGCCCGCAACUGCAGCAGACCCGCACUAGCGAUGCAACCAGCACCAUGUCGCCCACGAGCCCUUCGAACAAGCGGCCUGCCUCCGUCCGCAAGUUCCUCGGCAUUCGCACACUAUCGUCAAACGACAGUCUGAAGUCGGAGAGGCCAGGCUCGCCAGCCACAAUAAACAGCCAGGCACCGAGUCUGAACAGGCGGAAGAGCGGCAGCUGGUUCGGCAAGCGAAAGACGUUCGCCGUUGGGUCAGUGCCAGAGGGACACGCAGACCCGACAACCUACUCGAAUGCUCGCACCGUCUCUCAACCGUCCGUACCCGCCGCGCAGGCACCCAAGCCCAAGGGUCCGCCGCCCCCAGCCCUGCCCGGCCUCAGCUCCUUUGGUGUCAACGAAGACACGCUGAGUCUCGGCGCCGACGACAUGUUCAAAAACAUCGGAAAGCCCGACGUGCCAAAGUCGACAAGGUGGUAG